GCGCACGGCGGGCGGAGCGGCGAUGGCGCUGCCCGGGGAGCUGUGGGCAGAGCUGCCGGCCGAGCGCCGCAUCUUCUGCUCCGUGCUGCUCUUCUCUUGGGCCGUCUACCUUUGGGAGGCCUUCCUGGCUCACCGGCAGAGACGGGUGUAUAGAACAACAACACAUGUACCACAAGAAUUGGGACAGAUCAUGGAUUCAGAAACAUUUGAAAAAUCUCGUCUCUAUCAGCUGGACAAAAGUACUUUCAGCUUUUGGUCAGGCCUCUAUUCAGAGAUUGAGGGCACUAUGAUUCUCCUCUGUGGAGGAAUUCCUUUUCUCUGGAAACUGUCUGGUCAGAUCUCUGGUCAUGCUGGAUUUGGACAAGAAUAUGAGAUUGUUCAGUCAUUGGUAUUUCUGCUGCUUGCAACACUCUUCAGUGCCGUGACUGGUCUCCCGUGGAGUUUAUAUAAUACAUUUGUCAUAGAAGAGAAACAUGGCUUCAAUCAACAGGUAUUGCAGAGAGCACUUGUACUGACCCAGUGGCUUCAGACGCUGGGAUUUUUUUUUAAGGAUGCUAUCAAGAAGUUUGUUGUGACUCAGUGUAUUCUGUUGCCAGUGACAUCUCUUCUGCUUUACAUUAUUAAAAUAGGAGGAGACUACUUCUUCAUCUAUGCCUGGCUCUUCACCUUAGUUGUUUCCUUGGUGCUUGUUACAAUCUAUGCAGACUAUAUUGCACCUUUGUUUGAUAAAUUCAUUCCGCUUCCGGAGGGAGAGCUCAAGCAACAAAUUGAAACAAUGGCGAAGAGCAUUGACUUCCCGUUGACUAAGGUGUAUGUUGUUGAAGGUUCUAAGCGUUCUUCUCAUAGCAAUGCUUAUUUCUAUGGAUUCUUCAAGAAUAAGCGGAUAGUGCUCUUUGACACCCUCUUGGAAGACUAUUCUGCAUUGAACAAAGAACCAGCAGAAGGAGAAGAUGGUGAGAAUGAAGAAACAAAGUCUAAAACCAAAAAUAAGAAACAAGGAUGUAAAAAUGAAGAAGUUCUAGCUGUACUUGGUCAUGAAUUGGGUCACUGGAAACUAGGUCACACUGUCAAAAAUAUUAUUAUCAGCCAGAUGAAUUCCUUCCUCUGCUUCUUCUUGUUUGCUGUGCUGAUUGGUCGAAAAGAACUCUUUACUGCAUUUGGUUUCUAUGACACCCAGCCUACCCUGAUAGGCUUGAUGAUUAUUUUCCAGUUCAUUUUUUCACCUUACAAUGAGGUUCUCUCAUUUUGUUUGACUGUAUUAAGCCGACGGUUUGAGUUUCAAGCAGAUGCAUUUGCCAAGGAACUUGGGAAGGCUAAAGACCUAUAUUCUGCUUUGAUCAAGCUAAACAAAGAUAAUUUAGGAUUCCCUGUUUCUGACUGGAUCUUUUCAAUGUGGCAUUACUCCCACCCACCCCUUUUAGAAAGACUUCAGGCCUUGAAAGAUGCAAAGCAAGAGUAACAGGAAUCAUUGCUGGUUCAGAGACAGUGCUUCCAUCUCAGAAGCAAAGUUCAGAGCUGCUUUUUAAUUUUUUUUAAAAAAUUUAUAAUGCCAAUUAAGUGCACUGUUAACAGCACCACAGAUCUGAGAAUCCUGAAACAGGUGUUAAAUUAUAAAUUACUUCUUUUUAACAAAAACAAAACUGUGGAACUUAAUUUAGGAAAAGUACUGAGUGAUGACCUUUACCCUCCUCCCCAAUGACUUUUAUUCAAAGUAUAGACUUUUAAAGGGAGGAAAACAAACGUAGACUUCGAAGCACCUUUUUCUUCAGUUUGUGUAUGCCUUGAAAAUUGCUUUUGAUCCUCUUUCCAUUCUCUGCGUUCUGUGAACCUUCCCAGUCUUACUCUCUUCACAGUGAAGAGGCUUUGGGUGACUUGAUUUCCUGUAUAAUGAUACUUGUACUCGCCAGUCAGUGUGUUGUGUUUUAAAAAGCUGAAUGCAACAGCAGCCUUUCUCCUGGAUUCAUGUCUGUCAUAAUGAAAAAUGCUACAUAAUAAAACCUUUCUCUGAAGUGUGGGAAGAAGGAUGAAUUACAACUGA